UAAGGCAGACUGACGCUAGGCAGGUGGAGCGCCGAAGGAAGAGGAGAGAUUUGCGGUUGUCACGACAUCCUCGCGAAGUGAAUGAUGAGCGCGGAAGACAUGUUGGCUCAGAGGCUUCGCGCCCGUACGCAGCCUCGUUCUCGCUGCUCCUCCCAACGCGUCGCAUCAGAUAAGCCUCACUCUGAGCCGCCAAGCCCGCACUCACCGAAGCAGACGGCAGACGCGCACGACUGCAGGCUCGCAGGCGCGGAACCAAGCGUGUGUCGCGGAAUCGAGGUCAGACCAACCGAACACACGGCGGCUGCACGACGAGUCUUGGCUUUGUCUGCAAUUCGAAAAUACCAGACGCUCGUCAUCAUCGUCGUUUCAUCGUUCGUCAUGAUCGGCAUCACUGUCUCGUGAAGCUUUGCAUCCUCAUCGCCACAGGUGCCAUGGUUGCGACGCUCAGACAUUGAUGAGCUUGGACCCUGGAUUUAGGCCCACGCUCUCCGCACGCACGCGAGCUUUAUUUCACUCUUCUGUCUCGAUCACUUGCUGCUGGUAGCCGAUAAGGCUCGUGCGCGCC